AUGCUUUGCGAAAUACUAACAAAUGGACGAGAAUUUUUAAAUGAUUGGUGUGGAGCAGUCGGAUACAACUAUUUACUUGAAUCUUUAGAUGAUAAAGAUAAAAUCGAAAAGGAAGCAAGCAUAGGUGAAGCUAAACCAUACGAUGCUUUAAAUGACAAUGGUUGCUCUCCAAAUAACCCAAUUGGUUUAAUUUAUCGUGGAUAUGAUGAUAAAGGUGAUAUCGAAAGAAGGCAGACAUCUCGUAUUAUUUCUUUUCCGAAAGAUCCAUCUGAUGUUAAUGGUCCAAAUCAUGAUAUAAGAUUAUAUUUUUCUAAACGAGAUGAACUCAAUGUAGAUGAUGAACUUGAUGUAGAUAGUAGGCUUGAUGUGGAUAAUGAACCCGAUAUAGUUAAUGUACAUGGCGAAACAUUCAAUGAUAUUACAAACAAUAUUGAGAUUCUGAAAAAGUUAUGA